AUGGAUGACCCAACUCCGAAUGGAGUUCCUUACCUAUAUCCUCUCAAUAUGUCCCCUACAGCAUUCGAGAGCGCCAUCAACAAGGCAUGCGAGACUGCGGUCAACAAUGCCCUCAACAAUGCCCCCAACGGUUUACAGGAACAUAUUGACAGUGUUGUCAUUACUGAAGUCGCUGCUCAGAGAGAUAUUGCAUACUCUCCUAGACUCUUAGAAAAAGGGGAGGCGAUCUAUCGCAUAUAG